UGCUCUCUACUCUAGAGCUUGGAUUGACCUCAAAUACUUACUUUCACAGCUCUGCUCUCAAGUAGCAGUCAUGCUAAUUGAUCUCCCUAUAAAUGUGCUUUGAAUGUUUCUCUAAGUUUUUAAAAGUUUAAAAAUCUGAGGUUUAAAACCAUUUCCUGCUACGUAGAUCUUGUGAUUUACAAAAAUGAAGUGAAAUCAUCUAGUGUUACAUUUACUGUUUUAUUGUUUAUAUAGACUGAUAAAUACUACCCCUAAAAUCCAAUUGUUGUUUUUACUUGUGUUUUUGGUUAAUAAAAAAAAAAGUGUGAGAAGUUGCAUCUCCUAGCUGUGGUAUUGCUGCUGUAAAUGGAUGGGUGGAUAAGAACUGCAUAGACAGCUAAGAUGUGGACAGUUUGUAAGUCCCCCUGUUAUCCUUAGAGUAGCUUUCCUGGUGAAUUACAGAGAAUGGACUUAGAGCAAAUUUAGUUAGCUCAUUGCUGGCAGCAUGUAACUUGACUGGGUUUCAGCAUAUGUUAGGUUAACUUGUUUGUCUUGAGCUGCAAAGGCUUUCAGAGGCAGCAGGAAGGUGUGAGCAGAGUGGCUGCAGGAGAGCUUGCCGAGGAGACGUACCGAGAUGCUGCGGCUUGCAAUGGAGCCGCUGAGCCUGGUGGUGCAUCUCGACCCGGGUUUUGGUAGACCCGUGAGUCACGUUUGGAGGAUCAGUCAGCACGGUCAGUUGUGUGUGGCACAGCCCUUCUCGGCGGGGAACAGUGAGUCACAGCCUUUUUCUUUGCUUGAAGAACAUAAGGACCUUCCUUUCAGCAUGUUGUGAAAUAUUUGGGAUGAAGAAAAGUGAACUUUUUGAAGCAUUCGAUUUGUUUGAUGUAAGAGACUUUGGAAAGGUGAUAGAAACACUCUCAAAACUUUCCCGCACGCCUAUUGCAAUAGCAACAGGAAUAAGACCUUUCCCUACGGAAGAAAGUGUUGAUGAUGAAGAUGUCUACAAAGGUCUUCCUGAUUUAAUAGAUGAAACUGGUGUUGAUGAAGAUGAGGAGCUGUACGACUGUGUCUAUGGAGAAGAUGAAGGCGGAGAGGUUUAUGAAGACCUAAUGAAAGAUGAAGCAGCACAACAACCUAAAUACACUGAAAAUGAUAUAAGAAGCUGUUGUCUCGCUGAAAUAAAACAAACUGAAGAGAAAUACACGGAAACUCUGGAAUCAAUAGAGAAAUUUUUCAUGGUGCCAUUGAAAAGGUUUCUGUCAGCAUCAGAGUUUGAUACUGUUUUCAUCAACAUUCCUGAUUUGGUGAAAAUUCACAGGAGUCUAACACAGGACAUCAAUGAUUCCAUUGUUAACAAAAAUGACCAGAACCUGUAUCAAAUUUUUAUUAACUACAAGGAAAGAUUGGUUAUUUAUGGACAGUACUGCAGUCAAGUGGAGAUAGCCAUAUCAUGCUUAGACAACAUCUCUAAGACAAAAGAAGAUGUUAAACUGAAGUUAGAGGAAUGUUCCAAGAGGGCCAAUAAUGGGAAAUUCACAUUGCGGGAUCUUUUAGUGGUUCCAAUGCAAAGAGUGCUGAAAUAUCACCUACUGCUCCAGGAGCUGGUAAAGCACACUACUGAUACCAUGGAGAAGGCAAAUCUAAAACUGGCACUUGAUGCAAUGAAGGACUUGGCUCAAUAUGUAAAUGAAGUGAAGAGAGAUAACGAAACGCUCCGUGAAAUUAGACAAUUUCAACUAUCAAUAGAGAAUUUGAAUCACUCCCUCUUACAGUAUGGAAGGCCUCAAGGUGAUGGGGAAAUAAGGAUCACUACAUUAGACAAACGUGCAAGGCAAGACAGGCAUAUCUUUUUGUUUGAUCUAGCUGUAAUCGUUUGCAAACGGAGAGGUGAUAAUUAUGAAAUGAAGGAAAUAAUAGAUCUUCAGAAAUACAAAAUUACAAAUAAUCCCACUACUGAUAAAGAAAAUAAAAAGUGGUCUUAUGGCUUCUACCUCAUUCAUAUUCAAGGUCAAAAUGGUUUAGAAGUUUAUUGCAAAACUAAAGAUUUGAAGAAAAAAUGGCUUGAACAAUUUCAGAUGGCUCUGUCAAAUAUACGACCAGACUAUGCGGAUACAAGCUUUCAUGAGUUCAAAAUGCAUACUUUCAGUCGUGUGACAUCUUGCAAGGUCUGUCAAAUGCUUCUGAGGGGAACAUUUUAUCAAGGCUAUUUAUGCUCUAAGUGUGGAGCUGGAGCACACAAAGAAUGCUUAGGAAGAUUAGACAAUUGUGGCAGAGCUAAUUCAGGUGAACACGGGAACCUGAAACAUGAGAAACGAACGAAUGGAAUUAGAAGAAACUCCAGACACGUGGACCCAGGUUUACCAAAAAUGCAAGUAAUUCGAAACUACAAUGGAAUACCCCAACCGGCGCCACAAGAUGGUCCACCGUUGCAUAUCCAGAUUGGGGACACUAUUGAACUUAUUACAGGCGAUGCACAUAGCUUAUUUUGGCAGGGCAGAAAUCUAACAACAGGAGAGCUUGGCUUCUUCCCAAGUGAUGCGGUAAAGCCUAGCCCAUGUGUUCCUAAACCAGUAGACUAUUCGUCACAACUGUGGUUUGCAGGAGCAAUGGAAAGAUUACAAGCAGAGAGUGAACUUAUUAACAGAGUAAACAGCACUUACCUGGUGCGGCACAGAACCAAAGAGUCAGGAGAAUAUGCGAUUAGUAUUAAGUACAAUAACGAAGUGAAACACAUCAAGAUUUUAACAAGAGAUGGCUUUUUCCACAUUGCAGAAAAUAGAAAAUUUAAAAAUUUAAUGGAACUUGUAGAGUACUACAAGCACCACUCUCUCAAAGAAGGCUUUCGAAGUCUGGAUACUACUCUUCAGUUUCCGUAUAAAGAAUCUGAAAACUCAUCGGGUCAAAGGAGUAGCAGAACAGGUGGCAACUUGUUAAGCCCAAAGGUGAUAGGCAUUGCCAUAGCCAGGUAUGACUUCUGUGCAAGAGACAUGAGAGAGCUGUCCUUAUUGAAAGGGGACGUUGUAAAAAUUUAUACAAAGAUGAGUGCGAAUGGCUGGUGGAGAGGUGAAGUAAACGGAAGGGUGGGCUGGUUUCCAUCUACUUAUGUUGAAGAGGACGAAUGAAUUAAAUUUUCCUCUGCUGACCAGCAAUUUCAGGGAUUGUAAAAUUUAAUAACUUUAAAGUGUUACUGGUCUUGUUAAGUAUUUAAGCAGCAGCGUUUUUGUCUGUCUGAACCUUCCAGUCUUAAUGUUGGGAUUUAUAACGAAAUUUGUGCUGACAGAAUAUUACCUUGCCCAAAGCUGUGCAAGAAACAACCUGCCACUUUGCCAUCACUGGGGAUCAGUACAAAGUCCAACCUUCGCCUUCCCAGAAGAUCUCUGGAAAACAAAUUUAUUUAUUCUUAUUUUUCCCUGUAGUACACCAUGAAUACUAGCUAUGGCUGAAUGUUUAAUAAGUCUGUUUUCUUCUAACUAACAUCUGUGAUGGUACAAGGAGAUGAAGGCUUACUAUUCCUUAUCGCUGCAUGCAGAAAACAGAGUUCAGUCAUUCCAGUAGGCAUGGACUUGUCGUGAAACAUCAAAUUACCUUACUUAUCACCUUCUAAACAGUUUUACACUAAAAAAAAACACAACCCAAAACAAAAAAACACCUGAAGGAAACAAAUGUAGCGAAUAUGAGUAGCAUUCAUGCAUAUAUAAUUAGCUAACUGAUUUCUUUGAGGUCCUGCCUAAAUGUUCUAACAAUUUGUUUAAAGAGAGCGUUUUAAAAAGGUGUAUUGACAAGGUGUUGCCUGAAAAAUCAACAAAGCUGGAAUUCUGGAAUCUUUCCUUAUUAUUCCAGCUGUUUCGUGAGUUUUUUCAUUUAAGCAGCUGACCAUAAAAGUGCAACCAAGGAUGGUUAUGACAAGAUUCAUUUUAAAAUUCUAAGCAUUAGCAUUAAAUAUUGUAGUGCUAUUCUGUAGCAGGAUAUACUGAUGCAAGAUAAUUUUACUUUUCAAGAACAAAAUUGUUUAUCUUAACCUCAUGGUUGAUUCAGUUAAACUUUUUGAUGCUUCCAACUAUAAACGUUUUUUUUCAUGGUUAGACAGGAGCUUCUAUUCCUAAUUAGGAGAUUGACACCUUUUGUGCUCUUCCAUGGUAAUGCAGAGGGGACUCGCAGAGUUUAGUGUGCUUGUUCUUCUCUUGUCCUCUAGGACGUUAAUGGCAAGGCAGCGAGUGAUCUUGUUGGGGUAUUGUGAAUAUCCACAAGGAACAAUGUAUACAGAUUAGUUAGCUUGAAACAUCAGGCCUCAAACUGGUGUCUACUCCUUGGGUGAGGCAGUAAUUUGAAGUAUUUGUAGUGUCAGAAGUGCUGUAAAUUAAAAGAAACGUGGGUGAUGCCUUCAGAUGUGCAGUUUCUAAUGUUUACAUAAUUUCUAACCCAGUUUGAAAACUUCUGAGAAAGUAAAGCUCUUAAAUGUGUUUUUCUUCUAAGAUUACAUUGUCUAAUCAAGAAAGUUAAUUCAUUCUAUUCCACAUUCUCUUUGUUUUUCCCUGUCCCCUUCUCACAUAGGCAUCGUGCAAUUAGUGUGCACUGCACAAUUGAACACUGCAAGUUUUCCCACUCUACAAGCAGCAUUAUGUCCACUGUCCAUCCACAGAACAGAAUCUGUGGUAGUAUGCGUUUUAGAUUCGUUGGCUGCCCCCAGUAAUCUCUGCUUCUUUCUGGCCUCCUUCUGGCCGUCAUGAAGAACCAAGCACAGCACAAAGGAUGACAGAAAUCCCCUCCUCUCUGCAACCAUCUUACCCAUUUGCUACAUCUAGCAUACACUGCUGUGACCAGGUGUAAGUGAGGAUCUGCAAAUUAGAAAUCUUGCACUUGUGAGAUUCAGCCUUGCCGAUGAAACUCUGCUCUUAACUUUUCAAGGAUUUACCUCAAAAUUAUGUAAACUGUGAUUAUGUUAAUUAUAUUACUUGAUGGAACAAUUCAGAGCAUUUGUAAAUAUGUACAUUGUGCACAAAACAUUUUGUAAAUUAUCUGUACAGCAGUGUAGUCUAGGGUAUACUCUUUGAUCAUGUUUUGCCAUGCAGUUCUAUUGUGAUCCUGAUCCUAUAUUCCUUAAGUAGACAAAACUGAUCUUUCACAGUUUUGUCUGCUCAAAGGGUAGAAGAAUAGGCUCUAGAUCUGUGAAGUGUUCAGUGCUUUGCUGUUGUAUAGUCCUGAGAAGAGGCAAUUUAAUUCAGUGAGUUAAAAAACACAUCAGUCAUUUUUGACAGCUCGGUUUUAGAAUUAUUUUGAGUAGUCUCUUCAUCCUGAAGUUGCUGUAAAGCGUUUAAGCAAUUCGUGAAUCCCGUAAUCAGCCUAGGAGAAGAAUGAAAGCCAUAGCAAAAUUUACUUUUGUGGCAUAAAUCUACACAUUGUCUGUGUUUAACGCCCUGUAUUAAUUGAGUUAAUGCUGCAACUUAAACUGUAUUUUGAGUACCAAAGACUUCCUAAAUACUCUGGAGUGUCUCUUUCAUGUGCUGCUUUUGCUUGUAUGGAGGUUUUGUUGUCAUGCAAUGAUGGAGUUACAGUACUUUUUAAUAUUUUGUAAAUAUGUUAAAUAUAAUAAACUGGUUAAUUUUUUUGUUUAACGUUAUGUGUCAAAAUAUGUAGUUGGCUAGUAUGAAGGUUGUACUUGGUUUGUCUAACUGCCUUCUCAUUGUGAGCGAAGGCUGAUAAUGUUUUGGUUUCUCAGAUCUGUAUAAUCCCUGUUUAGCUAUAAGACUGAGGUUUUUGGGAGCUUUUUGUUGUUGGAAUAUUUUGUCUUUUGCCACAUCCAGGCAAGUGGUGGUUUUGUUUGUGUGUUAGCUCUAGAGAACACCUUGCAAUCAGUCAUAUACUAUUGAUUCUUAUAUGUUGAAGAUGAUAACUUGUAGUCUUUGGGGAAAAAAUGGUUGUAAAAGGUUUCCUUUUAUGUGUCGUGUUUCAUAGGAGUGUCCUUCCUCAUCCACCUUCUGUUUCGUCUCUUUGUCAUAUGUAAAUUUACGUACAAAUUCAGGUUGAAUUGAGUUGAAAUCUCAAAAUACAGUAUGUCUAGUUUCAUGGGCUACUUGAUAGUAUUUUCAUGGUGUAACAUACAUUUUUCAUACAUUUUUUACAAUGUAGAAUUCAUUAUUAAUAUGUUUAUAAAAAUAUUUCUGGACAGGCGAAUUAAUUCGGCAAGGUCAGUGA